UCUUCUCCGGCUUUCCCCUCGAGUGAAUGCACGGAAGGAAGAAGAGGAACAGCCAUUGAGAUGGAGAAUGUCAAAGUUCACACCAUUUACGACCUAAUCCAGCGCCGUCUUUCUCUAACCGGAACUUCCAAUUUUCAUCAAUCUUCUUCAUUCAAUUCACUCCCACCAGAAUUGCUUCAAUCCAAUCCAAGACCAGUUCCAUCUACCUCCUCAUCUCCUGCGGAAUCCAAUCCCCACCCUAAAGUUCUUACUUCUCUAAAAUAUCCGACCAUCCUCAUCGGAACCCUAACUCUUCCUUUCGAUGCUCCUGGGUCGUCCAUCUUAAAGCCUUCCUGUUCAUGCCCCACCAACAAUUGCUUCCAGUUCACUGAUGGUUCCGGGACUGUUUGCUGUGAUAUACUUGAUAUCGACAUUCGAAUGUUCGGAAAAGAGAUUCGGGUCUUAUCUUGGAAUUUCAUUCCGUUGAGAAGCGCUGGUGGUUUCUUGGAAAUUAUAAAAUGGGAAUUUCUUUCCCCAAGUUGGGUACUUCGUCAAUGCUCCGAUGUCGAUCCAGUUCUCUUGGAUAUAGGUACUUUCUCUACGUCUACCGAUAAGUUGAAGGUUCGGCACUGUGUUUGUGGUUUAUUACAGUCGGUUGGUCCAGUUACUAUUGUUCCGUGCACAUUAGGACAGAGGAAUUUACAGACCAACGGGGAGUCCGAUUCUUCUGCGGCCUCGAAAAACCUUCGAGGGUUUAUGGUUCAUAUAAUGAUCUGCGAGUGUCGGUCAUGUACUUCUAAGGAACCGAUGAGUUUACCCGACAAUUCAGUUCGAGAACUUAAUACUCAUUCAUUUGUUAAACCAACAAUCGUGUAUCUUUGUGGUUCAGCGUCGUCUUGGCAUCCUGUCCUAUCGAAAUUUGUGGGUUUAGGGUUUAUAACUUUUUGGGGUUUGAAAAAGAAGUUGGUUUCCAUCGGAAAGGCGAAGUCCUGUUUGAUGUAUGUCAGCUCGGAGAAAUCCUCUCUCCAUUUAUCUAGGUUAUCUCGUAUAAGGCUUCCAUGCAAAAAGAGUGUCAUCAAGGGGAAGGGAGAAUGUGGAUCAUACACUGGUAUAAUUAAAGGAGUAUAUAUGCAAGGAAUGCUUGUUGAGCUCGAGAACGAGGUCUGGGUUUUGUUGACCGAUCAUUUCCUUUCUCCGCCUCAUAGUAUUAGGGUGGGCGCCAUUAUAUCGGUUCGGAAUGCUCACUUUGUGAAUCCUAGAUUUCCUUGGUCAAAAUUGCUUUUACUUGGUACUUGCGUCAAAACUAGCAUCUUUGUGCAGCUAUUUUCUCCAUUGGAAACCAAAUGUCUCGUCCUUUCUCAGUCAAGAUCUAUGUUGGGAAAGUUUAUCUCCACCUUACCCUUUUCGACUAGAUUAUGGGUAUUGCUUCUUAUUUCAUCUUUCCGGAAGAUGUUUGCUGGGGAUUUAUCUGAAAAAGAGAUUUUGGGAUCAAAACAUAAUGAAGGACUGGUUCAAAUGUAUGCUAAAUUGCAUUUACCUAUGUCUAUGCAUCGAUAUCAACAUGGACCAAUGAUGAAACUGUAUGAGCAUGAUUCAUGUUGCUGUGCCAGUGAACCGUGCAACUUUAACCUUGAAACUGUGGUCCCUGUCUCUGUUCUAAUUUCUUAUUGCAAUUCUACUCGUAUAAGAAAAAUAAGUUUGAAAAAUGAAAAAGUUGUUCAGUAUGAAUACAGCCAGCUUGACCACUUCAGACUUCUACCACCUGGAGGUAGAUCUUCUCAUCAUACAACCAGGAAAAUUUAUCAUAGUGAAGACAUAGGCUUUGUUUUGGUUGGUAGUUUGAAGAUUUCCACGUAUUCUGGAAGAUUGCAAUUGGUUGAUGCAACUGGAGGUAUUGAUGUUAUUGUACCAGAUCUUCCGUCAACUUGGAACCUCAAUGGCAUAUAUGAGGUAUCAAAGUAUAUUAUGGUCAUCGAAGGCAUUCCACAAAUGGAGAAGUAUUUGAUCAAUCAGUCAUUCUCAUGCCGGAGAUUUUUUCAGAGCAUCUCAACAGAAAGAGAUCUUAGCACAACAAUUUACGUUUAUUUUCAAUACAGAAAUGCAACCUGCAAAAAACUUCCAUCAUAUUCUUGCGAUGACAAUGCAUCUGAUCUUGUGAUAUUCGAAAGUGGAACUUAUGAUUUGCUAGAAGUAACACACAAAUUUCCCAUAUCACAAAAGUUUCAAGGCCAACAUUUGGCACCAAACACAUCAAGCAUGUUCGUUGAGGCUCUCCUCCAUCCUUGGAAUUUAUUUCUCACCGAAGGAGAUAAAAAAUAUUCAACGAAGGCUUCAUUGAAGCAGCAGAGGGAAGAUGCUGGAGCUGCAAAUAAUCAGAAAUAUGUUAAUAAGAGACUUAAAACUGAUGAUCCAUCAGGGAGGGUAGAAGGUUCAGAUAUAGUAUGUGACUUUGACCAGUCUAGCUGUGGAUUUAAUGGUUGUUGCGCUUCUUACAGAGUACCUAAUGAGGAACAGAAAUGCUGCAACUUGAGUCUUCUCAGAAUUUCUUGUGUUGCUACUAUUAAGAGUUCAGAUCAUUGUAGCCAGUACAUAGGUUUCUUGCAGAACACAAGAACCAAACCAGAUAGUGGUGGGGGUUCCGGAUUAAGUGCUCAAAAGAUUUUGUUAGAGAUUCAGCCUGAAAACUUUUCUAAAUAUCAGUUCCUGCGGAUUGGUAGUUACUACAUCACAAAACGUAAUAACGAUCGUUCUUUGUUCAACAUGGAGGGAAGCAAUUGUAUCAACAGCCAAAAAAUUCUUAUAAAUUCAUGUACUCAAUUGUGGUGCAUCUCAUUCACUUUUGGCAAUGAUAUUCUCCAUAGUACUGAAUAUAACAACACUCAAUUCAGUGACUUUCCCGUCUGUGAUGGUGGAGUGAUCUCAGGAGAUCAAAUUGAUUUGCACUGCGGAUCCCUUUCAGAUAUCUAUCUUCAUCUUCCCGCAAAUGCAAAAGAUAGUUUGGUGUUUGUUCUUGAAAAACAGGAAGAAAAUUCAACCAAACUAGUUUUAAAACCUGAAGAGACCGGCAAACCCUGUUAUAGAGAUGUGAUAUCAUCAGAUAUGCAAACCUCUGUUUUGCAUGGAACUGACUGUCUGUUUCCUGAAGGAAAAUUAUCAUCCGUAAAAGGUCAUGUGGUUGCAGUUCACGAUCUUCAUCAAAGUUGCAUUGAUUCUAAUUUUAAAUGUCAAAGUAUUAAAGGUGGCCUGUGCAGAUUCCCUGUAGGUGGGAAAAGCAUUUGCAUUCAUCUUCUGAUGGAGGACCAAAUUGUAAAAAUUUUUGGUUAUCUGAAGAAUCAUGCUUUACCUGUUGGUUUUGGACCUGGUGUGAGCGCAACUUUCCACCGAGUUUUAGAGCUUGGGGAUCCACGGAGAUUGAUGUUGACUCCGGUAUCUUUCAUAGAUAUCAGUUCUUUUAGGGUACUUGAUCAUUCCUUUACUGAGAAGUAUCCCGACAGUGUCUCCUAUUCAGACACUAUUUCUUUGCAACUAUUUUCUCAACUGAUCAACUCCUCCCACUGCAAGUUAACAAAGUUCCGUUGUAGAGUUGUUGCUGUCAAUUUUUUAGUCCUGGAGAAGAACAUUGAUCACGUCAAUUUGCAAGUUGAAAUAUCUCCAAGGCAACCUCUUGUAAAGAUUCCUCUUGCUGGAUUCAUGUUAGAUGAUGGCUCAUCUAGAUGCAACUGCUGGGCUAGUGGUGAAAGAGCAGCAGCUUUGUUGCGGUUGCAUGAUCCACUUCCACAGUUAGCUUUUAAGAACAUUGACCGGGCAUUCGAAUGGACUGGGAUGACUCAUUACUCCCCUGGCACUGCAAGCUAUCAUCUGGGCAAGGUUCUGAAGAACCAUGGUAGAAUUAUUAUGAGAAGUUGUGGGUCACUCCUCAAUUCUUAUCAAGACCUUGAUAUUUCUCUUGCUUCAGAUAAUGCUCUCAGCAGAGCGAAUGAGAGUUUUAUCAAGUUCAUAUUAGUGAAUUCAUGUAUUAGUGCCAUUUGGACUCUCAUUGGGAGUAAGUUGGAUUCAGAUGCUGUCCGAAAUCUGUUAAAAGAACACACAAUGGAACCAUGGUUGAUGGAGUCUCAUAAUAUAUGGGUGACGGAUGUUUAUCGUACCAAUGCUCUUAAGGAGGCUAGAAAUGCUAUACUAGAACUGGCGAACGGUUAAUGGUCUUUGUUUUGCAAUCAAGAUGGUUUUCCAGUUCACGAAUGAACAACGCAGAGUUGGCUCCACAAAACCAAAUGAUUCCCUCAUGGUGUUGGUAUCAAGGAGCUUGGAGCCCGUUGGUCACUGUCCAAUGCAUGACUAUCUCGAUGGCGCCUAUUAGUCAAUCCCCUCAUGGUGUUAAGUUUGCAUAUUGCAGGGACUGAUUGAUAUCAGUUGUUCUCAAUAUGAGUUCUCAAUAUGGCCGGCUGUCGGUCGAGCUAGUGGCUCUCUGAGUAGAGUUCACUUAACACACUUUAGUUGUCAAGUGCAACCCGCCAAUGAAAUAGAGAAGGCUACUGUGUGUUCUUGCUGUCAAAUCUGUAGAGGCCUUACUAUUUUUGGCCAAUGGCGAUGCCUGCAAUAUUUGAAAGGAACUUCAUCGUGGCCGUGUACCGAAUACCGAAUUUGUGUCCAGGUACUAAUAAUUGGAGUUUCACUGUAUUGAUCUGUAACGUCUUUGCCUUUCUGUUCAGAUUGAUAUAAUAAAAGCGUCGACAAAAAAUUGAGGUUGA